GCGGCCGGCGCCAGCGAGGCCGGGGAUGCGGGGAUGCGGGGAUGCGGGGACACGGGCACACAUCCAUGCAUCCAUCCCUCCUGCCGCCCUUUCCCCCCGGGCCGCUCUCCCCUCACCGAUGAACUUGGCGCGGCUCAUGGCUGCGGCGGCCGGAGCGCGGGGGCGCGCGUGCGCGUGGCCGCCUGGGCGCUCCCGUGAGCCCCCGCGCGCAGCGGAGGCAGGCGCCAUGGCGGCGUACCUGACGCACCAGCAGAAGGUGCUGCGGCUCUACAAGAAGUCCCUGCGGCACCUCGAGUCCUGGUGCAUCUACCGAGACAAGUAUCGCUACUUUGCCUGCCUCCUGAGAGAGCGGUUCGAUAAGAACAAGGAUGUGAAGGAUAUGGUGAAAGCAACGGAGCUGCUGAGGGCAGGUGAGGAGGAGUUCUGGGCAACGCAGCAUCCCCAGCCAUACAUCUUCCCUGACUCCCCGGGAGGCACUUCCUACGAGAGAUACGAGUGCUACAAGGUCCCUGAGUGGUGCUUGGACUUCUGGCAUCCCUCUGAGAAGGCAAUGUAUCCUGAUUACUUUGCCAAACGAGAGCAGUGGAAGAAGCUGCAGCGGGAGAGCUGGGAUAAAGAGAUUAAGCAGUUAGAAGAAGAAACUCCAGCUGAUGGUCCAAAAACUGAAGCUUUGCCUCCAGCUCGUAAGGAAGGGCACCUGCCACCGCUGUGGUGGCACUAUGUUACCAGGCCUCGUGAAAUGCCCAUGUAAGAGUGCUACUUCAGGUGAGAAAUGGAGCACUCUUUCCUCUCUGGGCAGCCAAUACGCCUGUGACUGCAUGCUCCUCUAAGUAACACAAAGUCAUACAAAAUAAAGCUGGAUCAAGUGAAAAAGAGAA